GUCUCCGACCUUACUGUGUACGUGACUGCGGAAAUACCGCCUUGCACGCAUCCUCUCACCAAAAGGACGGCGAAGGUUACCGGUGCUGUGGUGACAGAGCUUUGCGAAGGGUGACCAAGAUCUGACAGUAAACGGAGAAAGGUCCAUCAUGGCAGUCGUAUACAAUCAAUUACAAUCAGCGUUUUCCAAAAUGUUGAACAGGGAGCGAUACAGCCGCUUCACUCUACAGCCAGACGGAGGGGGCCAUGUUGAGGUGAAACUGUCUGAUGAUGUCACAGAUGACCAAGCUGGCGCAGAGCAGACCGGCCAACCAGGAGACUCUCCAUCCUACAGGCCUCGCCCCCGGCAAGAAUACAGAAGAAUAUGCUACCUGGCCCUGGGAGCCCUCUUCAUCUUCGUCAUCGGUUGUCUGAUUGGAUAUGCGAGCACCCACUCUGAGCAGGAGCCAAUCCAUUGCAGUAUGAAUCAGGAAGCUCAGAUAGAUGGAGUACAAUCCCCUCCAGUACAAUCUCUUCCAGUACAACCCACACCAGUACAACCCACUCCAGUACCACCCCCUCCAGAACAACCCUCUCUAUCCUGGAAGAGCAUCACCAAUCUGUUGACUACCAGACUGACCCCUGACAAAGUCGACCAAGGCCUGAGAAGCUGCUUGCAAUUCCAGUACGAUCAAACGGCGGGGAGCGAUGGAGACGUCAUUCUGGCAAAUAAUGUUUUUAACAACUUCAAGAUUUGGGAGAUGAAUCCCUGGACGGACGUGCACUAUGUCCAACUACAGAAACCUGACAGUGAGAAGCCAAACCGAGUUCUGAUGGACCAAGUGGUCGUGGGCCAGCCCAAGGCUUAUCUGGCCUAUAGCGCCACAGGAAAAGUUCAGGGCACGGCGGUAUAUGGUAACUAUGGCCGAAAGGAGGACUUGGAGAUUCUGACAAAUCUGAAUAUCGAGCUGAACGGCACCGUCAUUUUACUGAGAGCUAGUGGACAGAUCAGCCUGGCACAGCAGGUGGCUAACGUAGCUGAAAUGGGUGUGUCUGCAGUUCUGAUUUACCCGGACCCAGAUGACUACAAGUUUGACAGAAACACUGAGCUUUACGGACACGUCCACCUGGGUUCAGGAGAUCCCUACACCCCUGGUUUCCCGUCCUUCAACCACACCCAGUUCCCCCCCACUGAGUCCUCCGGCCUGCCUACUGUUCUGGCCCAAAGCAUCACCGCGGCAACUGCCGCCCAGAUAAUGAAGGCUAUAGGUGGAGCCAACGUCCCCUCCAGCUUUAGAGGUGGCCUGGACGACGUGACCUACAGAAUAGGGGGUGCCGGUGUCAAUGUCACCGUGGAGGUCAACAACGUUCUGCAGAACACCGAGAUCCACAACGUCUUUGGGGUCAUCAAGGGCUUUGUUGAGCCAGAUCAUUACGUGGUACUGGGGGCGCAGAGGGACUCGUGGGGUCCAGGCUUCGCUAAGGCCAUGGUCGGGACCACGCUGCUGAUGGAGCUGGCUAGAUCAGUGUAUGAGAUGGUGGAGAAAGAUGGGUUCCGUCCCAGGCGGAGUAUGGUGUUUGCCAGCUGGAGUGCGGGCGAGUUUGGCAGCGUUGGUGCUACUGAGUGGCUGGAGGGUUACAUGUCUUCUCUGGACAGAAGAGCUUUCACCUACAUCAGCCUGGACGGUGUGGUCACUGGCCACGGUGCUUUUAAAGCUUCUGCCAGUCCUCUGCUCGUCAGCCUUCUGGCGACUACCAUGCAGGAGGUGAAGAACCCCAUAGGGUCCGACAUGUCAAAGAGUCUCUAUGAUAAAGUGUCUGGAGCCAACUUUGAGGCGUCUGUGCUGGAGCCCAUGCAGAUGGAGGACGCGGCGUACCCGUUCCUAGCCUUCUCCGGCAUCCCGUCUAUCUCCUUGCGCUUCGUCUCUCGAGAUUCGGAGGUCUACCCCUACUACGGCACCGCUCUUGACAACAUAGAUCACCUGGGGGUCACAACCAAUCAACGGCUUGAUUCCCUGGCCACGGCGGCGGGGCUGGUGGCGGGUCAGAUGGCGUUACGAUUGGUCCAUGACCACGUCCUGAACCUUGAUGUGCGGAGAUACAUCACACCUAUCAGCCAAGCUGUGGUUAAAAUCAACAAACGCCUCAAACAAGUCACUGAGGGACGCUCGGCUGAGGGUCUUUCAGCUAAUUGGCUCAUCAUGGCCCGUGGGUCGUACAUCCGAGCAACUUCAGACCUCAACGAGGACAUACAGAACACAGACCUUACUGACUCACUCGCCUGCCACAAGAUCAACGAGCGCAUCAUGAGGGUGGAACACAACCUCCUCUCUCCAUUUGUUUCCCCCAAGGAUGUGCCUUUCCGCCACGUGCUGUUUGGCCACGGUUCACACACUCUGGAUGCCAUGUUGGAGGGAACGGACAAGGAUGUGCUGCGGACCCAGCUGGCGUUGACCACCUGGACCCUGCAGGGCUGUGCCAAUGCCCUAGCUGGAGACAUCUGGGAAUUGGACAACCAGAUCUAAGUGUGCAUGCGUGUGUGUGUGUGUGUGUGUGCUUGCGCAAAACCUUUGCUGUAACCAUAGAGAUAACAUUUAACUCUAUAAUUUAUACGUUAUUUAUUUAUCAGUGGCAGAGUCCACUAUAAAUGUCCUCAUUUAGAGUUCAUGUUUGUUUUUGGGAAGUUUUGGGAAGCAGUGCCUUCCAGACUCCAGAUGUCACUUUAAUGUUGUUUGUUUUGACUAGGAGUGUAUUUAUUUAUUUAUCAGUGCCAGUGCUCACUAUAAACAUUUAAAGUAUUGUUCGUUUUUGACGAGUCAUUGGGAGCAGUGUCUUCCAGGCUCAGGAAGGGUUUUUGUCGUUUCUAAUGUUUUGGAUAGACAUACAAUUGAAUUUUAUGAAGUUAUCAGGAGCAGUGCCUUCUAGACUUUUUGACCGGCAUACGCCGUUUGAGAUGUUUUUACAUUAUCUUAUGAUUUAAUAAGGUUAUCGGAAGCAGUGUCUUCCAGACUUAUGACAGUUAUACUGUCUCCUAUGGCAGCAUCUGCUGAAGCAACGGAGUCACGUGUGCAGACAGUCUGACCAUCCAGUCCAGUGACAUUUGGCUUAAAACGUUUCCUUUCUCCUGGCAUUGCAGUGGGAACACAUGAUAAGGAAACAGAAAGGGGGGCAAAAUCGGGUCGUUUUGACGUAGAUGAAAUGUUCUAAAUAGUCCAGCUAGAGACGGUCUGACUAGCUGGGUACAUGACUCCGUUAACAGAAAUACACAACCUGCUGCUACCAGUUAUUACUAUGGAAACAGAAUCGUGGGUACCUAGCAACUGCGGUUAGCAUGACUCACAUAUUGAUUGACUGAAACGCGUAUAUACUGUUGUGAAUGACGUCCUCUUUUAUAUACAGCCUUGCACUCUGGUCAAAAUUUGUGCGCUGUAUGGAAGAUAGGUUUUCAUUUCAGAGGCAGCAUGGAUAAAUGAAUCAACUGCUCGUAUAUUGACCAUCUGAACUUGUAAAUGGAGCUUUAGGUCCUCGAUACUGAGCGUUGUAUCCAAAUGCUAUUUACAUUUUCUGUUGACCGGUCGUAUUGUGCUGCAGUUUAUAUUUCUGAUCUGAUCCAUUAUCGGGAGCAGUGUCUUCCAUAAUGAUAAGCGUUGAUGGUAGUUUUUGCCUACCAGUGUGUGUGUGUGUGUGUGUGUUUAUAUGUGUGUAUCGGGGGCAGUGACUGACAUUUCACUGAAGGGUGGAUUAACUUGUCGGGAACAGUGUUUCCCAGGGUUUUAUAUCAGUGUGUUUAUAGUUACAUGUCUCUUUUGUGUUCACACUGUUAAGGAUGUCUGACCUCCCUGAUUUACUGCUCUGUUAGAAAACCCUCGGGACUAGUUGUAAUGCAAAUGCGCGGUCCUGCUUCAUGUUACUGUAUUUCUUCUAGAUACUGCGUCGGCACCAGACACUAUUUGACAGUAGGAAUUUCAGAAUACGCUAUUUAAAAGUAUUGUUUGCACACAUUUUUUUGCUAGCCUGACAAACUACCACUCUAAAAUGUACUUAUUGUGACCGAAUGCAUAGCGGGCAUGUACGCUCCUGGUCAACAUCGUGAACGCUGUUACUCUUGGUGAAAUUGAUUGAAAUUUGCAACCAUAUUGCUAAUGUCUUACUUCUUACUGUCACAAGAAAACCAGGGGCCGACCCUGCCUAUAUACUGUAUGCAGUCCCUAACAAAAACAUUCCUUUCAGGUCAAUAGUUCUGUAUUUCCCAAUGCAUGUUCAGAAUCAAACGUCUGCUGUAGCCCUCCGCUAACUGAUCGCUGUUCUAUUUGUAGAUCACUCAGUCAGUAAACUUUUCUAACAUUUCUGACCUGUGAGUUAGUCUGAACUCGUACAUGGUCAUCGUGGCCUCCUACCACUCGCCUCGUAUCACAAUGCUGUACAGGAGUGUGUGGAUGUUUUGAUGUUUCUGCACUCUUGAGUAGCUCUGUCAUUCUGUCGUUUCAUUAAACCAAUUGGCUUAGCUCA